AUGAACACGCUCUGCACAUUCCAAUUACUGUGGGAUGAAAAGACGUCGAGGCGCGCGCUUUCAUCGAUAGCGGCGCAACAGGAAUCUUCAUCAGCCCGAGAUUCGUCCGAGAACAUCGACUUCGGACAGAACCUCUUCCCCGACCCAUCCCUGUCUUCAACCGGAGAACCCCGAUUUGUCAAAGCCUACGUCGCCAGCAUCGGCAAGGAAGACAUCAUCUUUGGCCAUACCUGGCUCAAGCUCAAAAACCCCAAGAUAGACUGGAAAACCGGACGAGUUGAGCUAAACCACCGGUGGACGAAAGACGAGACCAGGGCCUGGAAGAUGGACCUGUACCAAAGGCGAGUGGCUCGGCUAGAACUGAAGAAGGCCGUAACUACCCCACUCCCAGAACCAACGGAGGACGAAUUCGUCGUCAUCUCCACCUCAGAGCACGCAACCCUUCCCGAACGAAAGACUAGCGGCGCAGCAGGAUAUGACAUCUCCGCUGCGCAUCAACUUAUCAUCCCUGCCCGACGACGAGGCCUGGUCGGCACUGACCUCAUCAUGGCUAUCCCCAAAGGACACUACGGAAGAAUCGCACCUCGGUCCGGUCUAGCGCUAAAAGAAAUCGAUGUCGCUGCAGGAGUAAUCGACUCCGAUUACCGAGGCAAGGUCUGA